CACACGGUCGCGUGUGUUUGUCUUUGGAUUAAUGAGAAACUGUGUGUGUUUUAUUUUAAGCUGAGGAUUAAAUAAGCAAAGGGACCCGACAGGCCCUCGAUCCCCAGCGCGAGAGAGGACACUUCUCCCCCGGAUCCCUCCUCACUUCUCCGGCCUUGCUGUUGAACCCACAGCAUGGGCGGCUUUUACGAUCAGCAGGUCCCCUUCGUCCUGCCAUCCAACAAAUGCCAUAUGGAGGGGCCAACAUGCAGACCAUUGAGUGACAGGAAAAGAAAGUUUAUGGACACUGAGCUCGCCCAGGACACAGAGGAGCUCUUUCAGGACCUAAUCCAGCUGCAGGAAAUAUGGAUAGCUGAAGCCCAAGAUCCUGAAGACGAACAGUUUGUUCCAGAUUUCCAGUCAGAUAACUUGAUGUUACAUGGUCCACCUCAAGCUAAAGUGAAGAGAGAGGUCAGUCCGGGCAGAGAGUUUUCUCCCUGUGGACAAGAUCAGAGACUCUCACCUUAUGGAGAAAAGUGCCUUUACAACUACAGUGCCUACGACAGAAAGCCAUUUGGGUUCACCAAGCCACUGACUCCACCAUCAACCCCUUCCUCACCUUGCAACUCUACUCACAGUCAAGGAACACACCCCCUGCAGAAAAGAGUCACACCUCCAGUCCAUACUCAUAGCCAGGGCCAGCCACCCCUAGCUGGUCAUACCCACCAUACAAUACAGAACCCAGUUCACAGCCAAAGACCACAUUUUGCGGUCCCACGGCCACCCGUCAGUCACCCAGACGCCUCUUACAGUGCAGAUCACAGAUUCCACAGGCAGCUCUCAGAACCAUGUCUGCCCUUCCCACAGCACAACGCCCGAUCUGGGACUCCAUACCCACCACAGACAGCCAACCAGUUCCCACGAGACAAUCGGCCACACUACCAUCGUCAAAUGUCCGAACCCGUGAUCCCGCUUCCUCCGCGGGGGUUCAAGCAAGAAAUGGUGGAUCCCCGAUACAACGAGCAGAGUGCACCGAGCAUGGCGCCACCUCGUGUCCCAUCCUUCCACCAGAUGCACAUCAAACAGGAACCCAGAGACUACGGCAUCGAUUCUGAGAUACAGAACUGCCAGUCAUCCUUUGGGAAGUCAUCGAACUUCUACCAGGCUAACAGUGAAGGGCUCAUGUACGACGGAGAGCCUCAUCUCUACUACGAUGAUGCAUGCGUGGUGCCCGAAAGGCUGGACGGGAAGUGCAAACAGGAAGGAAUGGGGUUCAGAGAGGGUCCUCCAUACCAGAGGAGGGGCUCCCUGCAGCUUUGGCAGUUCCUGGUCACGCUCCUGGACGACCCAUCAAACAGCCACUUCAUCACCUGGACCGGGCGCGGUCUUGAAUUCAAACUCAUCGAGCCAGAAGAGGUGGCCAGACGAUGGGGCAUCCAGAAGAACAGACCCGCUAUGAACUACGACAAGCUAAGCAGGUCCCUUCGCUACUAUUACGAAAAGGGCAUCAUGCAGAAGGUAAAGGUUGCAGGUGAGCGAUAUGUCUACAAGUUCGUAUGCGACCCAGAGGCUCUCUUCUCCAUGGCGUUCCCCGAUAACCAGAGGCCGAGCCUGAAAGCCGACCCAGACAGCAUGCAGGUCCUCGAGGACGACACGGUCCCUCUUUCCCACUACGACGAAGCCUCCGGGGCCUCUUGCACAGACGGCAGAGAUCAGUCCGUGUCUGGACUGUCCUACCCUGACAGCUAUGCAUACUGAACUGCUUUUAUCUCAGUUCGGACUCACGGAUCAGCUCCAUUUCCAAGCAGGACCAAAAAUGCCCACAAUCCAACACGCAUGCCGUUUCACAAAAAAACCAUCUAACAGUGAACUAUCAGAGUGUGUAACACCUGCUCAUUUGUGUUCUUCAUCCUUCACUAAAUCAUUAAAGCCGAUGUCACAAACUCUUCUCUCCUGUAACAGACAUGUUAUUUUGUCUCGCAAGCUUUUUUUAAUCAACGGAAACUAAAUAGGGGGUCAGAAUUUUACAACCAGCUUUGGGUUUUAUAUGUAUUAAUAAUCUAAUGAAUAUUUUCAAACAGAUUUUGUGCAGUUUCUUUGUAUAGAACCGGCUGUCUAUUUUUCAUCUGUGCUUCGGUGAGGUUUCUAAAGUUCUUUAGCAUUUCUUGAUAGCAAAUGCAUAAUUUCAUAAUGCAAAGUUUAUUACUCGUUUGAUUAAAAGACGUGCACGUGUACAUGCUUUAUCACCGGACUGAAAGAUUGCAAGGUUUUCUGCUUUUGUAGAAAUAUUGAAAGAGUAAAAUCUAUGUAUAUUAUAUAGGUCUAUUUUUGCAAAAUCUGCGUUUGUUUUCCUUGUUGUAUAAGCUGUAUAGCAGAUAUUCGUCAACCUAACAUCAAUCCGUUUUUCAUGAUGGACACGUGGGCAAGUCUAGACAAGCAAUCAAAUGCUUUCUAUUUUAGUACACCUAACAUCCUAAUGACUUAACACUGGUUCCAUUGCCUGAAUGAAAAAUAAAUAUGUGCGCUUGAGUUUGAUGUGCAAAACAGUUCAUACAGCAAAAUCAGACCAUUUUAAAAGUAGCCCUAUGGGUGUUUUCAUCUUAUAAAUCUAUGCUCACUGCUAACUGCUCACUUAAGGUUUGCCUGCAUUGUACCAAUGUGGGAUAACCAAAUGAUGUCUAGCAGUUCAGUGGAUCAUUUCUUCUGUAAUUCGGGCUUCAUAUCCUUUUGUGUGCCCCUAUUUCCAUUGUUAUGCUUUAUAAUCUGUACUGGGUACAAUAAACUCCUUUUGGCUUCACUUA